AUGUCGACUGAUCCCGCCUCUGGAUUUUUGAUGAGCAGCCGCUUGAGCGUUGUAAUGACCGACUUCACCACGGCCUACACCGAUGAUGAGCAUGCGGCACUUCAUAAUGCCUUCGCGACAGUCUUUUUCCUCGAUACCGCUUCAAACGUCCUCCGCUACAUCGAAGUGGUGUAUCACUGCCUCAAGCCGGGUGGUAUCUGGAUCAAUGUUGGCCCACUGCUCUGGAACUGCCACGAGAGCGGUCCUGAAGGAAGGCGCGAAGGUGACACGGACGAUGACGAGGUAAAUGGCCACUGGGAUCCGAAGCUGGAGUUUACUGGAGAUGAGGUCUUGCUGCUGCUUGAGAGUUUUGGCUUCAAGAUGGAGAAGCAUGAGAGCUGUGGCGAGGCGGGUUACAUUAUGGACUCGAAGGUCAAGGUCAUGUUGGAGACGGCUACUCUGCAUGCAUGCCACCGCGGCGCGAGCGGAUCAAAUCAGACACUUCCGCUCAGAUCCAUAACCCAUGCUAGAUUCAUGAGCCUGCUCGCGAAAUAUCGAGCACCGGAGGGCCUUUGCAUUACCGAUGCGAACGACCUCGUCACCGAGCCUUCUAUGCGUGGGUUCUUCUAUGAGAUUGAACUACGCUCCCGAACCUCAUUGCCCGCUUGGAGCGAGGAAAUCAUCGAAACGAAAGCCGGAUACUUUCCAACAGUCUUCGUAGGACCAUGGACAUCCCCCGCAUCCCCGUCAGAUCCGAAUAUCCCGUAUCUUGCGCUGGGAUUGGCUUCGGUAGAGCCAUUCCGUAUCAGUAUGUACAACAUACUUAACGGCCCACACGGGGACUUCACUGUGAUCUUGCCAUUCAAGUGCCCCGCCGCUUUCGACCUCAAUGGACUUCCACCAGAGAUCUGCAUGGAUAUCCGAGACAUGGCCCUCAAUCACGUGUCCCCAAACAAACAAAAGCUUAUUCGUGGAGCUGCAAUGUUCCGGGGUCUAAAGGUUCGCCAGCGCUGGACACCGUAUGACGCCAGAGCGGCCGCACAUAAGCGCAAUGUGUGCGAAGCGCUGGUACCAUUGAAGAUGCCCUUCCUCCUGUCACCGCGAGAGUACAACCGCGGCUACUUUGGCAAGCCAUUCAAGUUCGUCAGUACCACCGACCUUGCCAAUUUCCUGAAGGGCAUCGGCCCCAUUGCACGAGGAAUGCUCCGUAACAUCACUGUCUGCGCCUACCACACGACAAGCGCUGAGCGGGCUUGCAAGCUACUAGCAGACGCAACAAACCUGGAGACGCUACAUUUCACGGCCAUCUGCGUGGCGGAAGCGGGAUGCCGCAGGAAUCAUAAGCGCUACCCGCCUAUGUCGUACGACGGCAAAGAAUUCGCCCUUGACUUCAGAGAGGCCAUGCACGGUACGCCUCGAUACUACCACAGUUGCCUCAGGGACAUCCUUUGCCAGAAGCCGAUCCUGCGGUUUGACCCGGAGAUUGCUAGAUAUGACGCCGAUUUCGAUGCGUACACUCAGGAACAACCCUUGUCGGGCUUGAGCAUGCUGGAAGCCAACGCGGCUGCCUUUCGAAAUAUUUGGGCUCAGGUAGGCAUCCCCCUUCAGGAGUAG